CUGUGUGCGCGAGUCCUCCGCCCCCUCCUCCUCCCGUCUGUGCGCGCGCGCCCCCCUCAGCCUCUGUCUCCUCACAGCAGCGGCGAGCGGGCCUGGGAGCGGGCGGCAGCGGGUCCCUCUGGAGCGCAGCGGCCGCGCGGGCACCGGAGGCGACCACAUCCCCCUUCCAUAGCGGUUCCCGGCACGCAGAACAUGGCGGCGGUACCGGGGGCUGGGGCUGCGGCCGGCUCGGCCAACGCCGGGGGUCCGGAGAUGGUGCGGGGCCAGGUGUUCGAUGUGGGGCCCCGCUACGUCAACCUCUCCUACAUCGGGGAGGGGGCCUAUGGCAUGGUCUGUUCUGCCUAUGAUAACAUCAACAAAGUUCGAGUAGCUAUAAAGAAAAUCAGCCCUUUUGAGCACCAGACGUAUUGCCAGAGAACUCUGAGAGAGAUCAAAAUCCUCCUGCGCUUCAGACAUGAGAAUAUUAUUGGAAUUAAUGACAUUAUCAGAGCUCCAACUAUUGAGCAAAUGAAAGAUGUAUACAUUGUGCAAGAUCUCAUGGAAACAGAUCUUUACAAGCUCUUAAAGACUCAACACCUCAGCAACGACCACAUUUGUUAUUUCCUUUACCAGAUCCUGAGAGGGUUAAAAUAUAUUCAUUCAGCCAAUGUGCUGCAUCGUGACCUCAAACCCUCCAACUUGCUGCUUAACACCACUUGUGAUCUCAAGAUUUGCGACUUUGGACUGGCUCGUGUCGCAGAUCCAGAUCAUGAUCACACAGGGUUCCUGACAGAAUAUGUAGCCACGCGUUGGUACAGAGCACCUGAAAUUAUGUUGAAUUCUAAGGGUUAUACCAAGUCUAUUGAUAUCUGGUCUGUAGGAUGUAUUCUGGCAGAGAUGCUCUCCAACAGACCCAUCUUUCCAGGAAAACAUUACCUUGAUCAGCUGAACCAUAUCCUUGGUAUACUUGGAUCUCCUUCUCAAGAAGACUUGAAUUGUAUAAUCAAUUUAAAGGCCAGAAACUACUUGCUUUCUCUGCCACACAAAAAUAAGGUACCAUGGAACAGGCUGUUUCCAAAUGCAGACCCCAAAGCACUUGAUUUGUUGGAUAAAAUGUUGACCUUUAAUCCUCACAAGAGAAUUGAAGUGGAGCAAGCUUUGGCCCAUCCAUACCUGGAGCAGUAUUAUGAUCCAAGUGAUGAGCCUGUAGCUGAAGCACCCUUCAAGUUUGACAUGGAAUUGGAUGACUUGCCGAAGGAAAAACUGAAAGAACUAAUUUUUGAGGAAACUGCUAGAUUCCAGCCAGGAUAUCGAUCUUAAAUUGUGCAUAGAUUAUAUUAGAGUGACAGUAAAACUGAAAUGGAGCUUGCUUGAACAAAAGCUAUGGCAACACUGAUAUUCAAAUGUUAUUGAAAAGAUCUCUUAAAACAUAAUAUCAGUGUAAACUUAAAAUAUUUCAAAAAUUUGUUCUAGAUUGUUUCUAUUUUAAAAUAAACAUUUAAUGUUUCUAUUGUAAUAUAAUGUAAAGAGGAGACAUUAUUGACCUAAACACAACAAGACCGUUUUGAUAGUCAUCCCAGUUUGUUUGAAAAUACCUCCAAAAUAUUUGAGUACGUUAUUCAAAGACAUCUAAAAGAUUUUGUAUUUUCAUUUCGAUUAAAUGAAGACUGUAUAAAUCAUUAAGAUUAGUCCAAAGUACUUUUGUGCUGAUUGCUCUUCACUCUCUCCAUUGAUCGUUUUUAAUAGCACAUUAAACCCUCCCAAAACCACCCAAACUGAAAUUUGCAGGAACAAUUCACCUCAUGUGUAACUUGUUUAUAAAGUCUUGCCCACUCUCCUUUAUCUACAUCUUUCCUUGCUUGGACUUAUUUUGUAAUGGUCCUCUUUUUUUUAAUAGUUUUACAUUAAUAUACUUUAAACCUUUCUUUAGAUACCCUGAAAUUGGCAAGUCUCAAUUUCCUGCAAAAUUAUUCAGAUUUACUCAGAGAAUCCUUGACUAAAAUUUUUCUCUGAUACUGAUAAUUUAAAGUACUUUUAAAUAGGCCAUUGAAUGAAGAUUUGGAUUGUAUCAUGGAAGUGGAAAUGAAACAUAAACUUUUACCUCUGGAUCAAACAUGUGAAUACAGCUCAAAUUGUCUGUUCUGUGCUCCUGUGAGUGUAUUGAUUGAUUAAAAUUGAGUGUGUUGAUCUGAGUCCAGUUCAACAGCUGUCCACCACAACUGGCAUCCUUGUUGGUAGCCUCAAAAAAGAGUCCAAGGAUUUACUGAGCCUGAGCACUAUCCUUAUCCAUAGAGGGAGUCCCUGCUUGUCUGGGGCAGUGGCAAUGAGAGAGGCAUCUUUCCCUUACAGUUGUGUCUGUGCAUCUGUUGCCAAGUGGUAAGGAUGAUUCAGAAAGACAAAUCCAGUCCCAUUAUUGUAAUGUAUGUGAUCUUGAUGAGUCUAAAUUUCUCUCUCAAGCCUACACUACUCCCUGAGAUUCAAAAUCUACUGUCUUGAGACUGGUCUCUGGCAUUGACAGCCUAUAUAAAAGUAGCUGAUAUUCUUCAAUUCACAAAAGAAUGUACGUAGUUUGUUACUUGAAAAAAUCUUCUUCCUGUGUAGUAGUCAUUAUCAACUUUUUUCUCUACUAUACAUGCUAGACUUCCUUGAGGAAGGUUUACCAAGGUGACUGUCCUGCAAAUGUUAGGACAUUCCACCAAGGCAAUGGCUUGUUGAAAGAACUCGGCAGAACUAUAGUUUCCCCAUAUUUGCCUUUUAACCAAGUACUGCAAGCUUGGAUAGCUUUGCCUCCAGUUAGGUGAUACAUUUUAAGAACGUUGGUUCCUGUUGAACUCCCUCCCUAUUCUGUUUUUAGUACUGGUAGUAAGAUUCCAUCAGUUUGGAUCGGUGGAUCUGAGGGUACGGAAGUAUGAUUCUCUUAAUCUUUCAUUAUUUGUAAAUAUUUUUGCAUCUCAGGUACAGCAAUCUAGAACAUCCUCCUGGUAGUUUAUUAUAUUUCCUGUGGGUAAUAAAUCAAUUCAUAUUAGGAGUUCUGAAAAUUUUCUCUCUUAGACAGUUUGUCUGAACCCCUGGAAAGCUUCUAUAGAACAAGGGCAAAAGAGGGUGGGAUCUGAAAAUCUUACGAAUAUAUUGGUACUGCUGCCUUUGACUUUUGUGAUUAGCUGCAACUUGUCAGUCCGAAUUCAUGUGUGUGAGAUACAGAAACACUGGUAAUUUUUCUUAUCUUUAAAUUACAAUUUCUUGUUCAGAUCUCCUUCAUUAAAACAUGUUUUGUUUUGUUUUGUUUUUUGUAGGACAAGGACUUAAAGGACUGGGCAUGCUCAAACGUUGCUGUUCCUCUUCCCAGUUCUUGUAUCCUUGGUCAUGUCUUAUGGCCUAUCUCAGCUUAUCCACUAACUCCUUUGAGCCAUUCAGGAGGGCAGUUACUGGUAGUUUUGGCUUUUUAUGCUUUCAAUUAAUUCUUUAAGUCUGAAGAAUUGUUAUUGACAGUCCUAUCCAUAAUGCCCAUUGUUGACCUGUUGCAGUACUGUACUAUAAGUGCACCCACUGCUGACCAUACUUUAACUGCUUGCUUUCUGGUUUGAAAGAUGCAGUAGUUCCUUUCACUCCUGUAUCAUUAACCAAGCAGAUAACUCAUUAACCCAUACAAGUUUGCACCAUGAACUGUGUUUUUCUGAUUUACUGAAGUCACUGGCAUUUUUUAGGGAAAGCUACUAUUCAGGGCACUUUAAGUCAGUGACAUCCCAAUUUUUUUGCACUUCACCUUUAUACAGUAACCGUUUACUCACAAUGGGAACUCAUUCAUAUAUACGCAAUUACAGAUUACAGCAUAGGCCACAUUUGCAUUAAUCUUGCUUAUGCACUUAUUUAGGUUUCUUAUUCUGUACAUAAAUUCUGCACAGCAUAUUAGUGAAUAUCUAGGAAUACAACUUAGUUAACAGAAUUCAUCUACCCAUCUAGAACAUUUUUUCCUAUGUAGUGAAAAAAAUCCUACAUUUCCCCUGCCUUUUCUAAAAAGAUCGUGGAUACUUGUACCAUUCUGGAGGUAUAGUACUUCCAAAGUUCAUGCUCUAUGUAGUGUUUACGAGAUUUAUGCAAAAAGAAUGAAAGUGGCAGCUCACUAAUAUAUUUAUUCACUGUGUGUUGAAAGAUUAAUAAAGAACACAAUGGCAUAUUUACCUAAUUAUGAAUGUUUUCCUUAGUAGAAGGCAUCCAUAUGCAUUAGUAAGCAGAGAAACCAAAAUGUGCUGUUACUAAACUGUCUACUUACUAUAUAUACCAAUGUACUAUACACUUCAAAUGAGGGUGAUUAGUUUAUAUAACAUUUGAAUUUAAUGAAUAACAUUCAGGGUUCUUGCUGAGAGAAACACUGCAUCUUUAAAUGAGAAAGUUUGAAUUUACUUUUGCUACUACUGCACUUCACCAUCUCAAGUUAAUUUCUUGCAACCUACGUUAUGAUGAUUUGUAAUCAAGCCUCUGUGAGCUCGUGACGUGAAGUACUGUUCUCUUGUCAAGUACUAUCAAACUUUUCUGAUGAUGCUGAGUUAGGACAGCCAAACAAAGCUAGCACUAAAUCAUGUUUAAAACUGUAUACCUUUUAAUGAUAUUUUCAAGUAUUUGUUACUGAAAUUGUAUAAUGUGGAGUUUCCUAGAUGUUCUGUUCCAGUGCAGUGCCUCCUUUUCUUUCCCCACUGCUCUCUGUGGUGAGAAACUUGCCUUGUUUAAAAUAAUUACUGUGCCCUCGCAUGACUGUUAAAGCUUUCUGUGCAAAGAUGAUUGUCUAAGUGCCACAUGCCUAUGAUUGAAAAAAAUCUAUUGUUACCUCUGAAUUGUGUUCAACUGAAAUGCUAUUCAACAAAUAACUUAGGAAAACUAGUUCUAUUUUUAGCUUUCCAUUUCUCUGCUGUCUUUUCUCACUUUAUUUUGGCAGCAGUGAAGAACGGAUUGUAUAAAGACUGCCUGCUAAUAUGAAUAAAAUGCACUUGUAAUUCAUGGAAAUAAAUUUAAAUCUUACAUCUUCACAUUAAUAUUAAGAAUUAGUUUUUGGUUUCCUUUUGGAUAAUGUGUUUGAAUGGAAAUCAGGUUCCGUUUGUUACUGUAGUAUAUAAGGAUGCUUGCUGGUAUAUUAUCCCAGGCUUCCUCAUAGCACUUCUCUGUCUGCUUUUCAAGAUAAUUUAGAAAGCCUUUAACUUAGAUUCUCAGUUUUUAAGGGUGCUUACCAGAUAUAAAAUUCUGAAUUUUUAUUUGUUGUAGGUGGUGGUAGUCUGCCAAAACUAAUUUUUAAUAAACAAGGAUUCAUCUUCAAAGGGCAUUUUCUGUUAGAAAAAUCCGGUGGUCCAUGAAUACAAUAUAUAUUAGGAGCAGUAUCAGAACACUGCGAAGUUGAUCGUUGAAUUGCUGGUAUAGAGCCUAUGCUAACAACUUUUCUACAAUACUGCACUUGACUGUUGAUACUAGUGUAAAAAUCUCUUUUGACGUGUCUGCGCGUUAUAUCUUUACCAAAAUACUUUCGUCACUCAGUUUCUAAAAGCUAAACUAUAUCUAGAUUCUUGGACACUUGCAUGAUCAUGGUCACUACAGGAGUUGAUUUGGAAAAAUAUGGAAAGAAGACUGUUAUUGAAACAUUUAGUUUGUAACACCUCAACUUUAACUUAUUAAGGAAGAGCUUUGGCAGCUUAUUUCAUGCACCCCUUUCUCAUUUAUCUUUUGACUAUUUUCUUUUUAAUAUUAGAUUUUUUUGUAUUACGAAUUUACCAUCAAGUUGCAUCCCUAAAAAAGAGAAGCCAUGGGUUUGAUUUACUAACAUCUGGUGCUUUGGCUCUUUCUUCCUUAGCUAUUACUGCUGAAUCAGAUUGGCAUGAAACCACUAACUGCUUCAUCAAAAUGUCAUUGGAUGAUGUUGAGUUGAACUCAUUGUCUCAACUGCAGAAGCAUGAUUUUGUCAGGUUGGAGAAUAUUUUAAAAGAAGGUGCCUAUAAUAACACUGUUAUGUGAAUUAUUUCAUCAUUUCAUGCUUGAUUUUUCUUGCCUAUUCUGUGUAUUUGUAGACUAUAUUUCUGGAAAUUCCCAUAGACUAGUAGAGAACCGAAAGGCAUAUUGUUAUUGAUGUGACACACAUGAUAUGCCUAUUAACAGUAAAGACAUUUUUCAUAUAAGGAAUGUAAACGCAACUAUCAAAAACAUUCCAACCUUUAUAGAUAAAGAAAUGCAAAUACAUAAACAUGUAAUUCAAGGAAAUUCUGUUUUGGUGGCUCUGGUGAUAAACUUUUUGAGCUCUGCUUUCAUGACUUUGGCAUCAAAGUUCCUCAUAUCAAUAUUUUAGAUAAUAUAUAAAAUUUGGAGUGUGCAAUCCACAAUACAGGGUGAACAGUGUAAUGCACUAUUUGCUUUCAGGAGUUGGGGAUGAUUACAUGGCCAAAUGAAACCAUAGAUGAUUAAGCAUGGUUAUCCUUAAUGAAUGAAUGAGGGGAAACCCUGUUAUUGCUGCCACCGUAAUGUGCUACAAUAUAUUUAUACUAUGUCACAAACAAUCUGCUGAAUAACUAUACCGUAGAUAUAAACUUUUAUUAAUAUAUUUGCUUAUGUUAGUGUAGCUUAUGUAGACCGCUGAUUAUCAAUAAACUUAUUGAUUUGAUUUUACAGCCAGUGAUAUGGUAUAAAUAUAUGUCCUCGCAGACACAGAUACGCACAUGAUUUGGGUCCCUUGCAUAGUACUUUUAUAUUUAUACAACAGUGUCUUCGAGCAAUCCCAAAUUUUAGGGGAAAUAUUUUUGUAAAUGCAGUGGCUUAAAAAAGGCACUGAACAAUCCUUUUGCAUAAGUUUUGAACACAUUGGUCUUUCAAAUGGUUUAGUUGGUGGUGAUUGAAAUACAUCACACUAAAAUAAUGAAAAGUUUACAUUUAGUAAAAUGAAGCUUACAGUGAUACUUGUAGCAUGUGCUGCGAUCAAAACUAUGUGAUGCAUUGGAAGAAAUUUAAAAGUUGGAAUAUCUUUGUAAAUCCAGAACAAAUUUGUAAAGGUUCCAGGAGAUUUACUUACUUUAUUGCCUUUUCUUGUGUUGUAUCAGUGUAGAACACUCUUUAAAAAACAAACAAACAAAAAAAAAUACUCAAACUGCUUUGUAUUUGCUUUGUACUGUUGGUGCCUUCUUAGUCAUGUACCCCAAAAGUCCUGCAUAGCUAACUUAGUUACAAUGAUAUGUUAAAAGACACAACAAAGGAAAAUUUUAUAAAAAUCAUUUUCUGUAUGUUCUUAUUCAUUAUAUUGUAACAAUUAAACAUUUAUAUUGUGACAGAUUUGUGAUUUGGUUAAUCUGUAUAGAACAAUUGUAAGUAGCAAAGGUUUAUAUUUUGUCUUGAUUCUUUUGAUGUUGUAAACGUGCAUAAUUUUUUUCAAAAUCAUUUAACUGAAUGUUCUGUUUGUUUCUGGCAUCUGACUCUUGUAAAAACAAAUGCAAAGAAAAUCAUUAAAUUGCGUCCCUGUAUUACCAA